AUGUCCUCCACGUCACCCACCAAUAAUGAGAAGGCCAAGUUUUGGAACACGCCGACCACUCCCCGUCAUAGGCGUGUGAGCAAUCCUGACCAAUUUGGUUUUUUCUCAUCUGAGGGUGAUGCCAUGAUCCACGCUCCCGAGAUUGGCGACCUCCCACGCGAUGGUGAGACGCUCCACCAGCUCUUCCGUGGUAAGGCGUCUGGUGGUUGGGCUGCUGCGAUCAUACUACAGAAGAGUUGGCUAUGCUCAUGAAGGCUUUUGCAAUCGAUCCUCUGGCAUCUGAGCAUAUUUGGGUUCUAGAGACUCGCGAGAAAGUUGGCCUUUGCAGGUCCUACUAUUUUGGAUGCUUCCGCUCUUUUGUGCAAAAUGAGAACUGA